AUGCUUCGGAAGGUUGGUCAUCCCUUAAAAAAUUCCUCAUUCCUUAAAAAUUUUCAGAUUUUUUUCCAUCCCUUCUUCUGAUUAUCGCGCUUCUCGUCCUGAACGUCGAGGCCAAGAGAAGUGAGUUUUUGAUCUCCAAAUGGAUGAUUACAAGCUUCUGAGGUUCUUUUUUGAAAAAUAAUAUUUAUUGAUACUCUGAAAAGCAUCUCUCAAAAACUUUCAAGUUUCAAGGAGUCUCAGACCAGAAUUUAAAAGACUCUGAAAGAAUUAAGAGAAAGUUCCGAAGAAGAACAACUUUAUUUCUGUUACAUGAAACGCUUCAGAACUGUUCAACCGCUGCAGAAGAGACAGCGACUGUCCUUACCACUACGUCUGCCGUAACUAUAUCUGCAUUGUUCAAUCGGCUCCGAGGCCCGGACCAAAAGGUCCCCAACCUCACCCCGGUCCUUACGGUCCGAAAGGUCCGAAAGGCCCUUGGGGAUGA